AUGACGAGCGGCCAGUCUACUGUAUGCCUAACGCGUUCUCUAGCCAAGUCUAUGGAAUUGGAGAACUAUGUAUCUCCUGCAAAGAAAACAAGAAUGCAAGACGUCACCCCCCCACCUACACCCGACUUGAAGGUGAUUGUUCUUGAUGCUGAACCAGGGCUGGACCAUGAUGAGCUAGGUGUGCAAAACAAACCCCUCACGCCUCCACAAAAAUUGUCAAUGAAGGGUACCACAAGGUUUGAGCUCCCUACAGCCGUCAACUACAGUGACGAAGAAGUGAGUUUUGCUCACUAUAUAUUUGCAGAAGACCUUCAUCCUGAUGAAGCUUUGGUCAAAACAAUGAUGAAAUCAUAUACCAGGCAGACAUUAUGGAGCUUAUGCCCCGAGUCAAACGUUGAUGCUGAUGUAAUUACAGCGUUAGCAUGCCACUUGACCUUGGACGAAGUUAAAAGAGAUACUGGUCGUGGAAGAGGAGUGUGCUUUCUGCCUACGGAAUUGCAGGAUAUGGUGGUUAAUUAUGGCAUGACAUCAGCAAAGGCAUUAGAGUUAUAUGAUACAAAAUUCCUAUCAAAAGCUCAUAACUGUAGAAAGGUUUGUCUUCCCAUGAAAGAUAUGAUGAAUGAUGAAGGCAUCCACUGGUAUUUAGCUAUAAUUUUGAUGGACCAGAAACAAGUACACAUUCUGGAUUCAUGCCCAUCAAAAGAGCGCCAAACAAUCCGUACGAAUGCAGUUCACACAAUGAUCGAAUUUCUGAACGACUUGUUCGAUGCCUUACACAAGGAUGUUCAAUCAACAUGUGCACCACCACAGAUCAAGGAGUUUACUUUGACCACUCCUGAAGUUCCUACACAACGACACAAGAAUGAUAGUGGGAUCUAG